UUUCCAUGUCUCAGUCGAUGAACGUCCUGCCAACGUCCCGCGAUUUUAUUCAUCACGAUUUAUUUACUCUAAAUCAGUACGUCUUAACCUUAAUCAAUUCGCAGUAGGAAUAAACAGUAAAUACAACGCAAAAGAAAUAAUAAAAUUGGCUAAUCGAUCUCGUGGAAAAAUAAUCGAUUAAGUUCGGAAGAUAGUGAUUUAAAAUGCAUAUUAUCGCGUCGUUGAUCUUCGCGAUACUAUUCGUUGUUUACGUCGCUGAUUGUAACGUGAAAUUGGAUAAGGGGUUGACGACAAGUCUUCGGGAAACAUGGGACUACAAUGAUUUUGUGAUUGUUGCUUUGAAUGCCAAGUCAAAAAAGAAACAAUCAGAAGCAGCGAUUGAUAUUCUUCUAGCUGUAAAAUACGAGAAAUCGAAGACAAAAAUGAUAUUUAAGUUUGACAGGCAAACUAAUCGAAUCAUCUACGAGAAGACUAACCGAAAUGGUCAUCGAACUACAGAGCGCUUGGAAAUUCAGAACGUGAAUGCUCCAUGGAAGAAAAUAAUCGUCUUCGUGCAUCAGAAUAAACCUGACCCCGAAAUAGACAUUUACGUUGAUUGCAUUUAUCAAGGCAUGUUACAUUUGAAGGAAAGCUUCCGUAAGGUAGCAGAAAAUGAAGAUGAUUCUCUUAUAGAAGUGUUUAGAGAAAGGAGGAGUCACGUAAAGGUGUAUCCCUUAUUAUCCGUCAGCGACGCUCUGAAACAAGAAAAUUGUCCCAAUUAUCUGGCCGGUCUAGGCACGUUAUCGGAUGAGUACAAAGAGUCUGUUGAGUCUGACGAAUCAAUUCCUACACCAACCAACGACAAUUUUGAUAAUAAUUCCGACGAAUUUUCACUCAAGAUUAAUCCAUCUCGUAGAAAAUUAGGAAACAAUGAAAAUUCCACAACUGAAACUUCAGAUAUGUCCGAAGAUACAAGUUCAUCUGAAGAUUCCGGCGAUUCAGAUUUUAAACAAUCAUCUCAAUCGAAACACGAUUAUCAUCCUGCUAAACAUCCUGAGAAAUAUCAUUCUAUAAGUGAGGUUGAAACUAAUCAAGAAGAUGUUUCGAGUCAUGUGAAACGUUUGCGUCUGAAAACACGAUCUGAAUACUUUGACGAACCUUUUUACGAGAAUCCCAUGGAAUGGAAUAAUUUUGAUGAAUUGGAUCCAUUGAGUCAGUCCAACUUGUAUCAUAAGAGAUUUCCGCGAAGAGGGGACAUAGGAAUUCAGAGUCUGAACGAAAAGGUUUGUUUAAUGGAUUUUCAAAUCGUGAGGACAUUAAACGAGCUGAUUGAAGCUACUAGGAAGGUCUGGAGAGAAAUAGAAUUAAACAAACUGGAAACGCGACAUCUUCGACAAUUAAUUGAAAAUUGCGCAGCAUGUCGUGUACCUCCUGUUUCACCGAUGACCACGGCGGCUCCUCCUCCUAGUUGCGAUUACAAAUCGCCCUGCUUUCCGGGCGCCGACUGCAUUAACACACCACGCGGGCCACAGUGCGGAGCGUGCCCGCCGCAAUACACCGGUGAUGGAUAUCGUUGCGUGAAAAUUAGUUGCGCGCACAACCCUUGCUUUUACGGGGUCCGUUGCUACGACCGCGCGGAUGGAUACAGGUGUGGAAAUUGUCCCAACGGUUACGUAGGUGAUGGUAAACGCUGCGAACGAUUUAGGGGUGGUUGUGAGCCUCAUCCUUGCUACCCGGAUGUGAAAUGUGAUCCAAUUCUUCAUCCGCCGUAUUUCAAAUGCGGUUCUUGUCCAAACGGGUUCAUGGGUAAUGGAUCUACGUGUGUUGAUAUAAAUGAAUGUGAGCUAGCUCAACCUUGUCAUCCAGGAGUACGAUGUAUCAAUCUUCAGCCAGGAUUCAAAUGCGAAUCUUGUCCAUUAGGAUUUGCUGGACCUAUAGUCGAAGGAGUCGGUUUGGAAAUCGCAAUGGUUCGCAAGCAAAUUUGCCAAGAUAUAAAUGAAUGCGAAAGUAACAAUGGAGGAUGCGAUCCAUAUGUGACAUGCAUUAAUACGGAGGGCUCGUAUAGAUGUGGUACUUGUAGAACAGGUUACGUGGGAAACCAAACAUUUGGCGAUGUAAACGCCGAUUGUAUUUGUACCAACACCAAUGAAUACACAUGCAGAUGUCGCGUUGGAUGGGCAGGGGAUGGACUGAUGUGUGGGUCGGACAGAGACAGCGAUGGAAUUCCUGAUAGAAAUCUCCGUUGUCAUGAUUUACGUUGUCGUAUGGACAAUUGUCCAUUUAUACCAAAUGCUGGACAAGAGGAUGCGGAUAGAGAUGGUUUGGGUGAUGCCUGUGAUCCAGACGCUGAUAACGAUGGCAUCUUGAAUCCUUCGGACAACUGUCCUUUAGUUCCAAACCCUAGCCAGGAAGACAGUGAUCAUGAUUCUAUCGGUGAUGCCUGUGAUAAUUGUCCUCUAGUAAAAAAUCUAAAGCAGGACGACACUGACGAUGAUGGCAUCGGUGACGCCUGUGACGACGACGUUGAUAACGAUGCUAUCUUGAAUGAGAACGACAAUUGUCCAAAAACGAAGAAUCCAGAUCAAAAUGACCGCGAUAUGGAUGGUAUUGGCGACGCCUGCGACAAUUGUCCUGAUGUAUACAAUGAGGACCAAUUGGACCACGAUGAAGAUGGGGUAGGUGAUGCUUGUGACAACGACAACGAUAAAGAUAGAGAUGGUGUGCAAGAUGAUAGAGACAAUUGUCCUGAUGUCAUGAAUUCGGGACAAAAUGAUAUUGACCACGAUGGUAUAGGAGAUGAAUGCGAUGAUGAUAUGGAUAAUGAUGGUGUGCCCAAUUCGAUUGACAAUUGUCCUUACGUUUACAAUCCGGAUCAACGUCGCACGCAUCAUGAGAAUAUUGGUGAUGCUUGCUGGAACGACAAUGAUAACGACACUGUGAAGAAUUUAUUAGACAAUUGUCCUAACAAUAGUUUGAUUUGGGCAACAGAUUUCAGAAAAUAUACUACGGUUGCUUUAGAUCCUAUUGGUACUGCUCAAAUAGAUCCUGUUUGGGUAAUACACCACGAAGGGGCUGAAAUUCAGCAGCUUUAUAAUAGUGAUCCCGGGCUUGCUAUUGGUCCGGAUAUAUUCAGCGGCGUAGAUUUCGAGGGCACGUUCUUCAUCGACGACGACGGAGACGACGACUACGUUGGUUUUGUUUUUUCUUACCAGGACAACCGUAGAUUCUACGUCGUGUGCUGGAAGAAAGGCCAGCAACCAUAUUGGAUGCCGAAUCCGUUCAGAGCAGUAGGAGAACCCGGAGUUUUUUUGAAACUCGUCAACUCAAAUACAGGUCCCGGAGAAUUUCUUAGAAACAGCCUUUGGCAUAAUGAAGAUGUACCCAACCAGGUGAAGAUUCUUUGGCAUGACCCAAAGAAAAUCGGGUGGAAAGAAAGGACACCAUAUAGAUGGCAUCUGUUACAUAGACCUAAAAUCGGUCUAAUUAGGUUCCGACUUUAUCAAGGAAAACAGCUAGUAGCUGAUUCAGGAAAUGUUUACGACUCGACAUUGAAAGGUGGCAGAUUGGGUGUUUACUGUUUCUCUCAGGAAAAGAUUACUUGGUCCAAUUUGUUAUAUACGUGUAAAGAGACUGUCCCGAAAUUGGUAUGGAACGAGUUGCCGGCGAACUUGAAGAAAGAAGUAAAUGUAGAGAUGAAUAACUAAAUCAGGCCUUCUCUUCUACCAGACUUAUCUAUUACGACUCGCUUUAAUAACUUCUUGAAAUUUAUUCCAUUAUUUUAGGAAAAUUUUGUCUAUUUAAGUUGAAUAUCAUGAAUUUGGUUCGUUUCCCGCGAUGAGAACUAAAAAAUAUUCUUAAGUGUAUGUAUAUGUAUCUAUAUUUACGAGUUUUAUUCAAUAUGGGCAAAAUUCAUUGGAAAAUUUCGUGAUUCUUUUUCUCUCUUUUAUUUCUUUUUUUUAUGAAAUUCGAAGUUUUGUAACAUUUAAGAAUAUACGUAAUUAAAGAUACAGCAUGACAAAUACCUUCAAUGAACCUUCUUCCAUUAGCUAAGGACGAGGGAAAUCUUAAAAAUAGAUUAUAUUUUUACGGAAUGUGUGCAACGAACGCUUAAUUCUCUAAUUAACAAGGAAAGAUUAAAAUAUGAUUGUGCGCUUUCCGAACGAUUUGAAUCAAAUAUAUCAAGUUUAUUAUAUUAUGUUUUACUAUACCGAUGUGUGCAAAGAUACGGAAGUUGCUUUUAUAAGAAAUGGACAAAUUAAAGCUUUAUACUCUUGAUAAUCUUUACGGGUAUCGUGAAUUCAAAUUUAAGUUAAUUUUCAUUGUAAAUUGAAUCGUAUUUAGAAAUGACUUAUGCCGUGACUGCUCUCAUCAAUAUCAUUCAAUCUCGAGGAAACAGGUGACAAAGAAUUACAGAUUAUUGUGGAUAUAGGAUAUACGAAAUGUGGUUUAAUAUAUAAAGUAACUGAUAAAAUAAAUUAAUGAUGUAAACUCUAAUGCUUAAGAGAUUAGAUAGUUGGAUCUCUUCAGUGCUCUUAUUUUAAUAUGACUAAUUUAAAUUUUUACAGAUUUUCUCUUUCUUUUGAAUAGUAGUUUUAAUAUUUCAAAUGUUUCCAUAACUAAGUUACACGUUUUACAAUCGAUUUACUUUGGUCGUUACAGUUCAAAAAGCGCACAUCUAAAUCGUUCCCUCUUUUUUAAGUGAUUGACUAAGUCGAUCAAAGUGCCUAGAAAAAAUUUGUCUCUUUGAUAGUAUACGCAUUUAAAACGUUCUCAUAUUUGUGUGUAUGUGUAUGUGUAUGUGUCUGUGUGUGUGUUCUUUCUUUUCUUUACUAAAGAGUGUUUACUUACAAUGUCACGGAAUAACGAGGCUCUUUACGAUAAGUAUUAAAAAAACUAUAUAUAUACACGUUCGUAUAAGAAAGUGUCUACAGUAUAAGAUGAACUAAUCGUUGCGAAAUUUAGGAAGAACAUUUGUACGUAACAGAGAGAACAAUUUUCGAAAUAUUUCUACGCGUUGCUUGAAUGAAGAAUAGGUGCGUAUGUAGUUUAUUAAUAAUGUAUUGUAUAUUGCGAGGUACCAAAAAGAAAUAUGAUAAAUAUCGAAAUAAAUAACACAUAAAUGUACACGAUACUUAGGCCCAUUACAAAUUAAAAAACAUAAUAAUUUAUUAUUUUUUCUAUCACGAAUAAAAUUUUAUUACACACUC